AUGCCCCGGAAGCGAGUGAGUUUAAUCCACAUACAGCUGCUGUUAACGGCGGCUUGCUCUUCCUCGGCGCCGCCCUUCUUCCCGCUCACGCUUCUCCUGCUGGCGGAUCGCUGCGAGGCGGCGGGCACAGCCUGCGACAACAACGUGCCAUGCUCUUCUGGAUGCCCUACCGGCGAGUAUGGCACAUCGCUGUGCGACGGCACCUUCACGGGCACCAGGGUGGAUCUGGACAACCAAGAGCUGUCGGGCACCAUCCCUCCGCAGCUGGGUGACAACUCGCAGCUGCGGGAACUUUACCUAGACGGCAACGCCGUCUCGGGCACCAUCCCUGCGGAUAUGCGCAGACUCUGGCAGCUGCAGAAUCUUUACCUGCACGGCAACUCAAUCUCGGGCACCAUCCCUGAGACGGACAAGUGGUGGCAGCUGAAGGAACUCUACCUGUACAACAAUGACAUCUCCGGAACGGCGGGCCGAGCCAUCCUCGCCAAGUCCCCGCUGGAGUUGGCGCUGGGAGUAGCCGGGUGGCUGCUCUUCCUGGCGCUCUGCUUCUCCCGCUGCUGCUGCCGGCGGCGCGAGCCGCCUCGCAAGCGGCUCGUGGAGCCCGACGAGGAGGAGGCGGGGGACGGCAAGCCGAGUCCGCGGCGGCCGAAGCGCCGCUCAGAUGCCAUGCCGUUCUUGCACGCCAACCGGUCCGCAGCGGAGCUGGAGCUGGCGGAGCAGGUGGCGGAGCUGGAGCGGCGCCUCUCCGUGAGCAAGGCCACAGAACUGGCGGAGCAGGUGGCGCACACAAACCGUCCCGCAGCGGAGCUGGAGCUGGAGGAGCAGGUGGCGGAGCUGGAGCGGCGCCUCUCCGUGACCGAGGCCACAGAACUGGCGGAGCAGGUGGCGCACACAGACCGGUCCGCAGCGGAGCUGGAGCUGGCGGAGCAGGUGGCGGAGCUGGAGCGGCGCCUCACCGUGAGCAAGGCCACAGAACUGGCGGAGCAGGUGGCGCACGAGCUGGCGGAGCAGGUGGCGGAGCUGGAGCGGCGUGAUCCGUGA